AACAUUAUACAGUUAUAUUAAACACUGCACACAGCCACGCAUAAAGUUACACGAAUAGCUGAAUAGUGAACUUGCAGACUUCCAUAACAGCUAACUUAGUUCAAUUGGAAAAUGUAUCCUUAUAAUAAACAGUACAACCAACAAGCAGGCUGGAACCAAUUACAGCAACAGCAACCUCGACUUCCUCCUGGAUGGGAAGCAAAAUGGGAUCCUGGAAGUAGCAGAUGGUUUUACAUUAACCAUGCAACCAAGACGACACAAUGGGAGGCUCCAGUAGCAAAUGUGGCUCAAUACAAUCGUCCUGCACCAGCCGCUGUUCCAAAAUUGACUACAACAAGUUUUAUUGACAACAACGCCCAGAAUGUAAAGACUAUAAUGUCAGAGUAUGAAGGUGUUACGGAAGAAUAUAUUCAGAGUUUGCUUCGAGGAUACAUGAACAAUGUUGAGUCGGUGAGAAGAACGUUGCAUGAGAAAGGAUAUCGGAAGAAAUCGACUGUUGUUCCAAAACAACAUUUUGUAGCAUCACUGAAAGGUCAAUAUCCAACUGCGUCUGAGGAUGUAAUAAAGGAGAUUCUUGUUAGCACCAAUAAUAGCUUCCAAGGUGCUCGUGCAAGUCUUGAAGCAAUGGGGUAUAAAAAGACACCUCAAAGUCCAGUAAAAAAAGCAACUUUAAAACCAGCAUCACAGCCAGUGUCCCGUCCAUCCACAGCUAAGAAAGCAACUCCAUCCACUUCACCAUCAAAACCGGCAAAACUGAGUGAGCACACAAAGAGACAAAGGAACGAAGAGCUAAGAAAACAGUUUCCGACACUUGACAAAUCUCUCAUUGAGUUAUCAUUACAAGGAACUGACUAUGAUGUUAAGCUUGCUGCAGUUGUCCUGAAAUCAUCCAUUGAGUCUGUGAAAUCAAAGAAGUCCUAUGCCACCUCUAGUGCAUCUACUUCCACAAAAUACCCUUCUUCAACUACUGAGACUAGCUACUCAACUUCGACUAGUUUUGCUCCUGUGAUUUUUGGAGCUGAAGAGGAGGACGAAAGGAAAAAGAAAUCGUCACCUGUUAAAACAACAACAACCUUUAGCACAACAACAAACGCGUCAACAACAUCUACAACCAAAUUAACACCGAAGAUUGAGACACCGAAAUAUGAGCAUUUGAGAGAUUAUCUACCUGCUAAACGAGUUCCCAUAAUCAGAAAAACUCUGCCUGCCAGCUAUGUAUCACCUAAUCGAAUAACUCCAUCUGGACCUGAUCCAUCAUUGGCGAAUGGACCGAAUUAUUCAUUGUUACAGACUACUCGUAUACGUCCUGCAGGUCCGAAUGCCUCCAACAGAAAUGGACCCCAGCCUUCCCUCAGAUGUGGACCUCAAGCUUCUAACGCAGUUGGAAGAGCUCAUAUUAAUGUUGGUCCUGCACUUCGCGUGCCCCAGGGCACUGCUGUUUAACUUUUUCUUGAAUUUUGGUAUUUUUUCCUCAUGAAAGAUUUGAUUCAAGAUAUUUUUUACAUGCAACCAUUUGUUAUAUUUAAAAAAGAAAAAAUGAUACAAAAAACAUACAAUCUAUUAUACAGUAAAUUUUGCAUUCAAAAUUCUUCUAUAAAAAUGGUUUCUCAAGUUGUCAGUGAAUUCGGAUUUUAUAAAACUGGUUCGAUCUUACAUUGUAAUUGACCAAAUAUAUUACUGUUUUAAAAUUGAUUCUCGAUCUCCGUAUCCAAUAGCAUCAUUUUCAUUCCCACAUAUAGGAUUUCUUGUUACUAAAUAUCAGUGUCAAAUUGUGUUAGAUAUUUUGACUUGUUAUAUUGUGUUGCAUUCUAUAUCAUUAUUGAUUUGAAUAUUUGAAUUCUAAUAUUUUAUGUCGUAGCCUUGUAGGCUAUGUUAUUUUUAUGUAUGCAGUUGUUCUUAAUUUUAUUAAAACUUUGCAGAAAUCAAAUGUGAGCAAUGAACACAAUUCUCACUCAGUUUUACUGGAUGCUUGUUUAUACUCAAUCUGCCAGUCAUUAGCAUUAAAUAUAAUUUGCAAACAAAUUAUAUUGUAAUUAUUGUAAUUACUAUUGUUAUAAAUAUGUAUUUGUUAUUAUAUAUAUAUUGCAUGUAUAGCACAUAUUAUAUUCAGUUGAUAUAUUUUCAAAUGUAUUAUUGUAUUCUAUAGACUAGUUUAUUGGACACGAAGGUUACAUAUGAAUCAUUUUGCAAACUUAUUGUUGUUGUUGAGGAAGAACCAUAUCAGAUUUCAGCAAAGGCAGUAUAAGCAACUAGUAUAUAAUGUUUGGCCAUUUGACAUCCAUGGCCAUAUAAAUGAGCAAUGCUCUCUUGUUUUAUGAUCAACAUCACAUGGGCAUGUCUAUAUACAAGGCGUUUUUCAUUAAUUAUGUUUCAUAGUCAUUCUAGUAUUCUAAUUGAGUCUUUUUUGCUGCAAUGUUUUUUGAGGGCUUUAAUUACGGUAACUCAAAAGGGCGAAACUUCAAAAAACGUUUCCACGAUUUUUAUUCUCCUGUACUUUUUUAUUAAAAUACUACAGUGAACAUUGUUUCGAACUAUCAUUGGAUACCAGCUUACAUACAGCGUAAUUUUUUUGUAACUAUUCGGGUGAAAAUUCUCUCAAAAUUUGCAUUUCAACAUUUGCCACUUUGAUUUGUAACCCUCAAAACUGAAAGCAAAAUGAUUACAAUUAUCUUAAUUGGAAGUCCGAUUGAUUUGCAUAUUCUUCUGCAUAAUUAUGUAUAUCUAUUGUGUGUCAGAAUUUUUGACAGUCUCAUUUCACUCAGGAAGAUGCAAUUAGCAUUGCAGUUGUUGGAUGUCUACUCCAACUCUACCUAACCUAUAUAGAUAUUUAUGUUUUUCAAAUUUUUCUGUUAUUAUAUUAUUGGUGUACAGGG